AUGACUACACGACGAGAGGGAAACUUUCCUGCUGUCUCGAUAGGACGUGUCCAAGGCGCAUCUAUUGCCAGGAUUGUCUCUCGUGACAAUCUCGCCACACAUCCGCUCCUCUCUUCCAGUCCAUCUACCCCUUCUCCCAGUCCCACACCAGAAACUCAGCCUUCCUCAGGCUCAAUACCAAAGUAUUAUGUACCAUACACGCCUAGGCAAAGGUUGCCUACAACAAGCACCACUGCCCAACCGCCAGUUUCAGUCUCUCCGCAGCAUCAACAAACGGGCGGCGCGACUAGCAAGCUUCAGCUGAUGAACCUCAGGGCCGCAGCACAGGGCAUUGGUCUCGAUACUGGAUGCCUUGGAUGGGCAAUGUUAGAGAAACUGAGCCAAGACGGAGAGACAGACGAGUGGGCUGAAAUAUGGGGUGCCAUUACCAAGGGCAAGCUCACAGAAAAGCUUCGUAGGCGUUCUCUACUACUCCCACUUGAGAAAUCCUCAGGACAAGAGAAGAUCACGCCUGACUUCAUGUCAGAUCAUGUGCUCAUGUGCAAUCAUCUAUGCAAAGACGAUACUCAAGUGGUCACACUUUCUGGCUUGCGCGGACACUUGUCUAGCGAAAAUUUGACGUUUCGCUCCUCACUCCCCCCAACAAAGUUACCCGACAUCACAUUCUCAUCUCUUCCCCCACUCCCUUCAAUCCCACCAGAUUCUGGAUACCCCUCAUAUGCAGUCCCAGCACACAGUACCUCCCUUCCGAUCCAAGUUCGUCCACCAAAGCCACCCCUACCCCCGCGACCCACACCCGCUACCCAACCUUCGCGCCUCGCCAUGCCUUUCGCUUCCCUAUUCGGCGCCAAGCCCAUGACCACACCCCCAACGAUCGCUGCUUCCCUCCCUCCCAUACAGACGCCAUUAAUACCUCCCUCAGAGGAUCAUCCCAUUCUCAUCAAUGCAUUCAGUAUUUCCUGCGCAGUAUAUCGACAUGAUGUGAUGCGUGACGUUCUUGCUGCCCUCAAGUCUGAGCUCACAUCGACUCUUGAAACGGUUGGUGUCCCAGCGAUGAUCAUCGAGCGCGUACAAUCAUUUGCAUCCCCUUUACUUCCGUUCAUUAGAGGACCUGCUGGGAAGAAGAAGCUUCACGACAUUGGCGCAAGCCCAAGUAAAUACGGAACAUGGACCGUCAAUCUCGAUGCGGGGAAAGAUCGACCCGAUGAAUUGACUGAGAAAUUUCAGGAGUUUUAUGUGGAAUUAGAGGGAGAAGUGCGGACUGAAAUUGAGAAAGAGAAAGGCGAGACAUCGGAAGAAGAACAAGAGUCCAGGGUCAAGGAAAUCGUCGAGGUGGUGGAGGGGACUCUAACUACCUUGUUUUAUGAUCGACUAUUCCUCCCAUCUCACUCUGAUGAUGCCUCACAUGAUGAAGCACUAUCAAGCCACAUCGCAGCUCUCAACGUUCUUGAUCUAGCGCUCGAGCAUCUUGAUGUUGAUGUUGGCAGCGCUGGGUCCGAGAUUGCCGUUGUAGUCCGAGCAUGUGGAGAGACGUUAUCUCAGCUAGACAUUUCCUGUCGAUCUCCCAGUGAUAAGGCAGCUGUGCUGGUGGCAGCACACAAACUCAUAGUAGAUGGUCUUUCCCGUCUUCCUCCGAUUAAACUCAGCAAUAGCACAAAACACCCUGAGGAACACAAGCCGCUGCAGCGAAAGGAGAGUACACUCCCAGGACCGAUCGAAGCUGUGGACGUCGCGCUCGUUGCUUCUCCCGAUGCGUUAUCCUCACCCGAUUCACAAUUCGAUGGGGAUGCAGCUCAUGGGUCACCCGAGAAGUUGUCUCUCUCGCCUAGUGUCUCAUCUCCACAGGAACCACCUUCGACUACAGCAUUCUCCUCUAUUUCCAUCCCACCCCGUGCUGUCUCGCCCCAACUGACUAUCCCCCAUGUCCAACAGCCGACGACAGUAUCAGGCGAUGUCCUCCUCCCACUUCUCAUAUUUGCCGUUGUCAAAUCAAACCCAGCACGCCUGGUCUCGCACCUUCUGUUCACGCAGCGUUACCGUAACGCUACGUUCGCUGGUGGAGAAGAGCGAUACUGUUUAAUAAAUCUGAUGGCUGUCGUCGAGUUUUUGGAGAAUGUAGAUCUUGGUGCUGUAGGCGUCGGGGAAGGUGUUGGUAUUAUAAGCACCGCGGACCUCACCCCAAUCCCAAUCGUACGUACUACACUUUCACCAGAUGCGCCUGUAGACGCACCCGGCAGUCUUCGUGGACGCGUAGAACAAGGCGUCGACGCUAUCGCGGGGUCCGCUAAUAAAGUCAUCUCCGGCGUCGUCGACAGCUCAUUCGGCGUACUCCGCUCAUUCUUACCAUCUGCACCUACCUCAACAUCUGCUCCGGCUUCGGCGUCUGCCAUGAACUCGACAUUCACGUCUGCUCCUACCACAGAGGCCAGUGACGCGCGGUGGAACAUGGGGCUGUUGAGGCGAGAGAGCGGGUUCUCGAUUGCGAGUUUGGUGCCAGGCAGGAAGGGGGAGGGGAAGGGGGAGGAUGGGCAGAGGGAGCUCGUGGAAGUAUCGUCGCGCCCUGGUUCUAUACGCUCGAUUUAUGUGAAUGAGGAUGUGGGAGUGGGACGGACGGAGGACGAGAGUGAAGAGAGUGACGAGAGUGACGACGACGAGGAAGACAACGAGGAAGAGGAAAGCGAGGAAGAACAUGCACAUGAUGCAAAAAGCAUUCGAAGUUUCGAGAGCAUGAUGAGCGGAAGUAGUGAAGGAACACGAAAGAAGAAGAAGAAGCUUGCUUCGUUGAGUAGGAAGAGUUUGACGGACCGGUUGGCGCAGGUGCCAGGACUUUCGAGGCUGUCAGGAACGGAUGCACACAAGACGGCAUCACCCCCCAUGACACGUUCCUCACUGUUACUCCCUUCGCACCGCAACCGCCUCGACUCGCCGACAUCAUCGCGCGCGCCUUCUCCCAUUUCGAUACGGCUUCCUGCGCCUAGCAAGCGGUUUAUGGAGUGUGCGGAGGAUGAUUUGAGGGUGUCAGAGGUGGCGGAGCUGUUGAGGGAGUAUAGACGAUUGGUAGAGGGCGUGCGGGCUCUGGGUGCGUUUGAUGAGUGA